ACAGCGGGAGUUUACAGUCUAUGGUGUCUACUACCAUCAUGGCUAAUCAGAGCAGAGUCUUCGCAGCGGUACUACCGGCUGCUGGUCGGGAAUUCUCCGGUAAUGAAAACGAGCAGGGACUCCAAGUGCCGGCAGUUAACCGUCAGAGUCCCGGUAACCGGGUCCGGGAGGUCCAGGUGACGGGAACAGCGGAGGUUUGUUGUCUGGCGGACCGAGUGUCGGUGCGGGUCAGUGUGGGCAGCAGCAAGGAGUCCGUGAACGAGGUGACCAACAGCGUUACACGGCGACUGGAGUAUAUUCUACAGGCUGUCAGACAACAUGGAGUCAGUGACAAAGACACCUCAGUGAGGAAGUUUCUCCACCGAGACGCAGACCAGUAUCACAUGCAAGCAGAGGCUGUGGUGACUUUCUCAGAUUUCGAUAAGAUGGAGCAAGUGUGUAGUGUCCUGCUGGAGAAGCUGGACAAGAGUGUUUGUGUGGGAGCACCACAGUUCUACCACAGCGCCGAAAGCCUGAAUCAAAUGAGGCAGCGCGCUUGUGUAUCAGCAGUGGAAAACGCUCAGCAGAAGGCCUACGCAGUCAGUCAGCUCCUGGGGCAAACUCUGGGGCCGCCCCUCCUGGUCAGAGAGGAGGAGACUAGAGAGUGGAGGAAUGAGGAUGAGGAGGACGGAGGCAGAUGCCAGGAUGCUUCAGGCCUUCCUCACCUUCCCCGUACAGCCACAAUCACCGCCUCCUCACGGGUGUCUGUCUCCUUCGGCCUCAGAGACAGAAGCAGGAAAAAACUCUGAAGACAUUUGUCACUGACUCAUGAGACCAAAGAGCGGAUGUCACAGUUUGAAGGAUUUUAUUGCUCAGGUGUGACGGCUGAAUCAAAGUGCAGUUUUUUAAGGAUUUUUCUACCUCAGCCAACACAGUUUGUAAACAAAAAAACUACAGAGAUUUUAAAGCAAUUUUGGCAUUUCAAACAUUUACUUGACUUAAAAUCAGGCACACAUUAAAGGGACAGUUCACCCCUAAAUAGAAAAUACACUUUUUUCCUCAUACCUGUAGUGCUGUUUACCAGUCUAGAUAGUUUUGCUGUGAGUUGCAGAGUGUUGGAGAUAUCAGCUGUAGAAAUGUCUGCCUUCUCUUUAAUAUAAUGGAACUAGAUGACAUUCAGCUUGUGGUGCUGAAAGUGCCAAAAAAUAAAUUUGAAGAGCUCAACAGCAAUGUGUCUUUCCAGAAAUCAUGACCCAGUUACUCAAGAUAAUCCACAGACCUUGUUGUGAGCAGUUUCAUGUAGGAACUAUUUUCUUUCUACCGAACUACACCCACCAACUGUAUCACUGUGCAGGAGGAAGCGUUGGGACACCAGGUUGGGACAAUGUCCUUAUCUCCCAAUUCAAUACUAUCACAAUACUUAAGUUACAAUAUUUAAUACAUAUCUGAAGUACUGCGAUUUGAGAUUACGAUUUAUCAUGAUUUUUGUUUACAACUAGACCAUGGGAAAAAGGUAAAUCAUACACUUCUCGAGACUAAAUAUCAUGACGCAUAAUUCCAAAAACAAUGCACAUUUCAUAUCAGUCAGUCUUUCUCUUAUUUCAGCAGCAUCAUAUACUGCAUAGAAUAGUGGUAAAUAAACAGAUGUUUUCAUGAAAGCACCAGAGACUCAGCAGCUGCUGUAGCAACUCAGUUCCAGCUGGUGCAAACCCCAUGAUGUCGUGUUACUCAUAGACUACCACAGUAAAAGUGGCGACUUCUUUUAACCUCUGCAUUUGAAUGACAUCGAUUCAGACAUCAAAAAUGUAUUUAGAAAUUGGUGAAAGAAAAAUUGCAAUACUUAAAAGUGGAUCAUUUUUUUCCCUAGCCCUAGUAAACAUUAAUGGCGUCCUCCUCGGCUGAGCUGUAACAUUAGCCAGCUCUGUGGUGCUAGGUGAUCUAGCAGUAGAUGCAGGCUUCCUUAUUCACUGUGAUACAGCUGGCAGGUGUCGUUCGGUAGAAAGAAAAUAGUUCCUACAUGAAACUGCUCACAACAGGUUCUGUGGAUAUUUUGAGCAACCAGGUCAUGACGUCUGUAACAAGACACUGAUGUUGAGUUUCUCCAAUGUAUUUUAUUGGCCCUUUGAGCACCACAAGCUGAGUGCCAUCUAGUUCCAUUAUUCAGGAGAGAAGGCAGACAUCUCUACGGCUAAUAUCUCCAACACUCAGCAACUCACACCAAAAUUUCUAGAGUGAUAAAUAGCACAACACAGGGGUGUACCACAAGGCAAGUUUGACAAAGCAAGGCUGUCAUUGCGUGAGCUGGUUAGUCAAACCCCAAAACCUCCGUCAGAGAUAAUGUGUACCACAAAGGUGGUUAUCACCCUGCUCUGUUACAUAGGCUUUCUUCCUCAAAUGUCUCUAAAAAGUGGUCACAUACCGCCUACCUCC